GACACUGUGACCACUGGUCGUAAUAUUCACCAAUGCUGUCUCGUCGACGCAAGCGUCAAGCUGAACGGGAAGCAAGCUUAGCACAGACACAGGCUAUCAUCGAGAAACGUGCACUUCAAGUGUUUGGCUAUCCUUUACGGACCACGCUCGAGACUGUUGUUAAAACUGAACUAUGGUGGUGCCAACACUAUCAGUGGCUAACGGAUAUUGGCUACUUACUACGCCCCCGAUACGCGCCUGGGUGGGUCCCUUCAUGGCAAGGUAACAACAAGGAUUGGGAAGAAUGCGAAGAUAGCCAAGUUCCUCCGUUAAAGCAUGUGAUGGAUGCAACUCGCAUGGUCGAUGGACUUGCUGUGACAUUGAAGUUGAUGAGGAAGUCACGACAUCCUUAUGAGAUUGAAAUUGGCCGGCUAUUUUCGACAGAACCAUUGGCCUCUGAUCCUGCUAAUCAUUGCGUCUCGAUCCAUGACGUGCUCGAUGUACCAGAUAACGAUGAUCAGGCUAUUCUGGUCAUGCCGCUGUUGCGACCAUUUAACGAUCCCCGGUUUGACACUUGCGGUGAAGUACUGGAUUUUUUUCGCCAACUGUUUGUGGGUUUACGAUUUAUUCAUCAGCAACAUGUCGCUCAUCGUGACUGUAUGGAUCUCAAUAUCAUGAUGGAUGCCACACAAUUCAUCGAUCCUUUUCAUCCUCAAAAGCGUGAUAUGAGACGUGAUUUUAAAGGCCGGGCAAGAUACGUGACUCGCACUCAGCGUCCUCCAAGAUACUUUUUCAUCGACUUUGGAAUAUCUCGACGUUAUGAAGCGGACAAUGUUGCCCCUCUGGAAGAACCCAUAUGGGGAGGCGAUAAGACUGUACCUGAAUUUCAAAAUUCGCAUGAGCCUCGCGAUCCCUUCCAAACAGACGUAUAUUAUCUAGGAAACAUGAUAAGGAAUGAAUUCUUGCUGACAAAAAAUGGGUUUGAAUUCAUGGAACCGCUGGUGAAAGACAUGGUACAAGAUGACCCAGCAAAGCGGCCUACCAUGGAUGAAGUCGUUGGGCGCUUCGACCAUAUUCUUCAGAAUAUCAGUAGCUGGAAACUACGGUCACGCGUCAUUGACAAGGAGGAUGGCAAUUUCACAGGCCUUUAUCGUGAUGUCACUCAUUGGACCCGUCGCAUCAACUAUAUAGUUAGGAGAGUGUCGGCGAUACCAACGCCUUGAAACCCUUACGUUCUUUACCAUUAUACCUGCUACAUUUACUUACGGAUCUAUCCAAGGAACUGGAUUCCUGGCCUCUGUGUAGUGUACUUUAUGUGACCAGGAGUCGCAGCUACAUAUCGAUGUGUUAUUGAUUGCAUCCGCGUCUGUUCGAAACAUAUUUCCACUUGGGACGGUCAGAAGACUCAAAACUGAUAAGGACCGAUUUCAAUGGCUUUGAUGAGCCGAUACAUGUAUGUUGGCCUG